GACGACGACCCGCCAAAGCAAUCCCACGAGCUCCCCUCUCCCUCUCCAUCCCCACGAGCUCGUGCUCGCCUCCACCCCCCAACCCCCCCCAAAAAAAACCCUAGUCCCCAGCCCGGCUCCGCUCCAAUCUCCACCGCCGCGGCGCGGCAAUGUCGUCGUCGAGGUCGACGCGCUCCAGUAUCUCCCCAUUCCGUUCCCGCCGUUCGGCACCGGUGGCGGCGGCGGCGGGGCCUCCUCCGCCGGCGAGGACCUCUUCGGGUGGCCGCCCGUCCACCCCCUCCUCUACCGCCUCCGCGCGGCCCACCACCCCGUCGUCCACUUCCGGCGGCCGCCCCGCCACUCCGUCCGCCGCAUUCGCGCGCCCCACCACCCCGUCCUCCUCAGCGCGUCCCGCCACGCCGUCCUCUACCGCAUCCGCGCGGCCCACCACGCCCUCGUCGGUCUCCUCGCGCGCCGCGGGGAGGGCGCCGCUCGUGGACGCGGCCAAUGCCAAGGAGAACAUCAUGGUCACCGUCCGCUUCCGGCCCCUCAGUCCUAGAGAGAUCAACAAGGGGGACGAGGUGGCGUGGUACGCAGACGGUGACAAUAUGGUGCGCAACGAGUACAACCCCAGCAUUGCCUAUGCUUUCGAUAAAGUUUUUGGUCCUGCUACUACAACUCGGCACGUAUAUGAUGUUGCUGCUCAGCAUGUUGUAAGUGGUGCCAUGCAAGGAAUCAAUGGCACGGUCUUUGCAUAUGGUGUAACAAGCAGUGGGAAAACUCACACCAUGCAUGGAGAACAGAAGUCACCUGGAAUCAUUCCAUUGGCAGUGAAGGAUGUAUUCAGCAUUAUCCAAGAUACACCUGGACGAGAGUUUCUUCUGCGAGUUUCAUAUCUUGAAAUUUACAACGAGGUUAUCAACGAUUUACUUGAUCCAACGGGACAGAAUCUCAGAAUUCGAGAAGAUGCACAGGGAACUUAUGUGGAAGGGAUUAAAGAAGAGGUUGUUUUGUCACCUGCGCAUGCACUCUCUCUAAUAGCAUCUGGAGAAGAGCACAGACAUGUUGGAUCAAACAACUUCAAUCUUGUCAGCAGCAGGAGUCACACAAUCUUCACAUUGACCAUUGAGAGUAGUCCCUCCGGUGAAAGUGAUGCAGCGGAAGAAGUUAAGUUGUCUCAGUUGAACUUAAUUGACCUUGCUGGUUCUGAGAGUUCCAAAACUGAAACAACUGGUUUACGACGCAAAGAAGGUUCAUACAUAAACAAGAGUUUGCUCACCCUUGGAACAGUAAUUGCUAAACUUACUGAUGGUAAGGCCACUCAUAUUCCCUAUAGAGACUCAAAGCUCACACGCUUACUUCAGUCUUCUCUUAGUGGGCAUGGACGCAUAUCUCUUAUUUGCACAGUUACCCCUGCAUCCAGCAACAGUGAGGAGACACAUAACACAUUAAAAUUUGCUCACAGGAGCAAACAUGUUGAAAUAAAAGCUUCUCAAAAUAAGAUAAUAGAUGAGAAAUCCUUAAUAAAGAAGUAUCAAAAGGAGAUAUCCUGCCUGAAAGAAGAGCUACAGCAAUUGAGACGUGGUAUGAUGGGCAAUGGGUGUAUUCUCCCUACGGAUCAAGAGGAUCUUGUUAACCUAAAACUUCAGCUUGAAGCUGGGCAAGUCAAACUUCAGUCGAGGCUAGAACAGGAAGAGGAAGCAAAAGCAGCACUGAUGGGUAGAAUUCAGAGGCUAACGAAAUUAAUAUUGGUAUCAACCAAAAGUUCAAUAUCCUCAAAUGUUUCGGGAAAGACUAACCUCCGUCGACGACAUUCAUUUGGGGAAGAUGAGCUUGUGUAUCUGCCUGAUCGGAAGCGGGAAUACUUCGUAGAUGAUGAUGAUAUUAGCCUUGAUUCAGAACUUUCGCUUGAAGGGAAACUUGAUUCGAACAAUCCUGAUGAGUCAGCCAGGUUUGACAGAAGGAAUCGUAAACGUGGAAUGCUUGGUUGGUUCAAACUAAAGAAGUCUGACCAACUAUCAGGGUUAUCAUCCAGUGUGGAUGGUGAUAGCAAUGCUAGCGGCUCACCUUCCUGCUCUAAAUCAUCACAACAAAAAAACUUGCUGCUUGACCUGAAGGAUGGUCGAAGGAAAUCUAUGACCAGGAAAGGAGAUGACGCGACACUUGCUGAUUCUUUUCUUGAAAGGACUCAAGCUGGUGACCUAUUUAGUGCUGCGUCCAGAGCACAUCACCCUCCUCCAAGUGGAACAACCAUUGUGGAUCAAAUAGAUCUUCUACAAGAGCAGGUCAAAAUGCUGGCUGGGGAAGUUGCACUUUGUACAAGCUCACUCAAAAGGCUGUCAGAGCAAGCAGCCAACAACCCUGAUGAUGUACAUAUUCAGGGGCAAAUUGAGAAGUUGAAGGAGGAAAUCGCCGAAAAGAAGUUGCAUAUACAUUUGCUAGAGCAGCGGAUGGUUCAAUCACUUGAAACUACAGAAGAUCCAGCCACUAAGACAGAGUUGUCCCAGACCUUUUCGAAGUUGAGCACGCAGUUGAGCGAGAAGACAUUUGAACUGGAGAUUAUGUCUGCGGAUAAUAGAAUUCUUCAAGACCAACUUCAAGCUAAGGUAACAGAAAAUGCAGAACUACGAGAAACAGUUGCACAAUUGAGGCAAGAAAUCAGUAGCUUGAAGGCUGCCAAAAGCGAGGAUAGUUUUGCCAGUGUGCAGUCUAGUGAACCAUCAACGGCAAGCACUGAUACUAGGGAUAACACAAAUGAAAUCUCAAACCAUGCAAAUAUGCCCUCUAGAACAACUGAAGGAAAUGAGUCAGGAUUAAUAUCUCAAGUGCUCAAGCAGGCUUCUGAAAUUGAAAGUUUGAAGCAAGACAAUCUGAGGUUGGCGGAAGAGAAGGAUGGACUGGAAAUUCACAGUCAAAAGCUGGCCGAGGAAUCGUCCUAUGCUAAAGAAUUGGCAUCUGCCGCUGCAGUUGAACUAAAGAAUUUGGCGGAAGAAGUCACCAGGCUUUCUUAUGAAAAUGCAAAACUGAACGCAGACUUAGCUGCGGCAAAAGAGCAAACUGCAUCAGUUUCAAGGAGUAACAUUCACAAUGACACAAAACGGUGUGAUAAUGAGAAUGGAAUUCUAGUGGAGGAGUUGCAGAAAGAGCUGGUUGCUAGUUGUCAGAGGGAGGCUGUGUUAGAGGACACACUAUCUCAAAAGGAUCGAAGAGAGAGUGAGCUUAUAAAGAUAAUUGACGAUGCAAAAUGCCGUGAGCAUGAGUUGGAAAACGAGCUGGCAAGUAUGUGGGUCCUUGUUUCAAAGGUGAAGAAAGAAAGCUCUCAAGAGGAUGUAUUUGAAUUCAAAGCAAAGCAAAAUGGCUUCCACUCAUCUAAGACUGAUAGUGGCAGAGCGGUAAGUGAAUUGCAAUCUUCAGAUAAUGGGAGCUGGGAUGGCCUCAGUACCAUUGAAGAAGCAAGAGCUGCGUACAAUUUUGAAAGAAGGCGCUGCAAAGAAUUGGAGAGCGUCGUGUCCAGAUUGAAGGGCGAGGACCUCAGGGGGCUAGGUGUUAAAGUCCUUGAAGAGCUACAAAAUUUCCAUGUAGAAGCACUGUCAAGGAUCUGCCAAGAAAAGAUGGCGAGUCAGGUGCUAUAGCAGAAAGCCUUUCUUGAGAAGUCGCUUAAAGGGAGACAACAGCUUGCAUUCCUGCAGACGGUCCCUCGUGCCCGCCGCGGUGAUGUUUCGCUCACUGCAAUCGAAGCAACCUUGACCAAACCCUCAUUUGGACACUGGCUGCCUGUGCUUCACUUCACCGCAAGGAAAAGAAGCCAAAUGCGGUUGGACUGCAGGCGCUGAUGUUUCUCUAUUAGUUAGCUAGCAUGCAGACACCCUCUCCUGUACAGCUUGAUUACUGGACCAGAAAGAUACUAGUAGCAGUAUGACCGUAGGAUUACCGGAUUGUACGUAUUUACUUACUUGUAGGAACUGGGAAGACGCCGAAGGCGGAGUUCUUGUUGUACCUGCACCGUGCUCUGCACUAAAAAAACUGUAGACCCAGCCGGACGCCGCGGCUGCAGCUUUGGCUUGGCGCCUUGCUCCUGA